AUGUAUAUUCUAUUGAUUUUAUUCCUAUUACCAUCAUUUUCUUCUUCUCAAAGUAAUGAUUUUCAAACAAUUUGUCAAUCAGGUAUUCGUCAAGAUAAUACCAAUUACAUUCAUUGUGGUCGUAAACAAUUGAAAGAAAUACCAAAUUUUACUCGUAUAACAAAUACAUUUUAUGAUGAACUUGUUUUAAAUGAUAAUCAAAUAACUGAAAUAUCAACAAAUGCCUUUCAAGGUUUACGUGUUAAACGUUUAAAUCUAUCUGGUAAUAAAAUUCGUUCCAUAUCAUCUCAAGCAUUUAUUGAAUUAUCCAAUUAUCUUGAAGAAUUAACUAUUGAAUUUGAUUCAAAUUAUAUUACACAAAUUCCUGAUGCAAUAAAAAUCAAUUUAAUAAAUUUACGUUCUUUAAAAUUAAUCGAUUUAAAUCUUUCCAUAAUUAAAAAUUAUACAUUUAUUAAAUUUCGUAAAUUAGAAUAUUUAUCGAUUAUUAAAUCCAAUAUAAAAUCGAUUGAAUCGGAUGCAUUUAUCUCCUUAACAAAUUUACGUUAUUUAAAUCUUGAUCAAAAUCAAUUAAAUGAUUCAUCAUGGUAUUCCUUAACAAAAUAUUUAUAUAAUCUUGAAAAUUUAAUCUUAAGUCAAAAUAAAUAUAAUUCAUUAAAAUCAAGUAAUAUAACAUAUUUAAAAUAUCUUGAUUUAUCAUCGAAUGGUUUACAAAUAAUUGAUUCGAAUAUCUAUAAUUCAUUAGAGAAACUUUAUCUACAAAAUAAUGAAUUAAAUUCUUUACAAUUAAUAUUUUUAUUUCGGUUAAAUAAUUUAAAAGAAUUAAAUUUAGAUUUUAAUCGUUUGACAUUUUUACCGGAGAAAAUCUUUCAAACAAAUUCGUAUCUACAAGAUUUAUCAUUACAAGGAAAUGAUUUGAAUUAUUUAACAAAUUAUUCAUUCUAUGGUUUGAAAUAUUUAAAACAUUUAAAUUUAGCACGGAAUCGUUUACAAUUUUCAUCGAGUUUUCAACCAUUUCAAUCACUUAAAUCGUUGGAAAUAUUAAAUCUUGAUAGAAAUUUACAAAUGAAUUUAACAAAACCAAUUCUUGAAGAUUUAUCAUUAAGUUUGACUGAAUUAUCAUUACAAAAUUGUAAUUUAACACAAAUAAAUUAUUCAUUUGAAUUUUUAAUUAAACUUCAACGUUUAAAAUUAUCGUCGAAUUAUUUAAAAGCUUUACCAAAUUAUUUUCUGAAUAAUUCUGUUAUAUCAAUUGAUUUACAAAGAAAUUUUUUUCAUUCAAUACCAAAUUUAUUUCAAAAUCAUUCAUCAGCUAGUUUAAGUGAUAUUGAUCUUAGUUCAAAUCAAAUAUCGACAAUAGAUGAAAAUGAUUUUCGAAAAUUUCUAAGAUUAAAAACAAUCGGUUUAACAGGAAAUCCAUUAAAUUGUGAUUGUCAUCUACGAUGGAUUAAACAAUGGUUAAAAAAUAAUUAUGAACAAGAUUUAAUGAAAUUUUUACAAUGGACUUGUGAUAAACCAAAAAAUCUUUUAGGUAAACAAUUAACAACGAUACAUGAACAAGAUAUGAUAUGUUAUGAAAACAAAUAUACUGAAGAAGAUAUAACAACAAUAUUUCCAUCAACGAAUAUUCCGCUGACAUCAAUUGAAAAUAUUAAUCUAUCUACUUCAACAAUUGAAACAUUAUCCAAUAGCUUAAUAAUUAAAGAUAUUGUAUUUAAUUCAAAUGAUAUAUUAAUUAUCUCAUGGGAAUAUAUGUCAUUACGAUUACCGAAAUAUUAUCAAAUACAAAUAUAUAAUGAAAAUCAUAAGUAUUUAAUAUUUCAUCGUUUAAUUGAUGGUCGACAAAAAUCAAUUGAAAUUGAUAUAUCAUCUCAUCUUACAAAUUAUCCAAUGACUUACAUUAUCUGUAUUAAUCUUCGACAGAAAAAAACUUGUCGAAAUAUAAUUUUACAAACAAAUAGAAAUUCAAUAAAAUCAGCAUCCAUUAUUUUAUCACCAGAUAAACAAAAUAAUGAACAAUUUGUUUAUCUUCUUGGUGGUAUACUUCUUGGAGCUGUUCUUGUUUGUUUUAUAUUAAUAGUUAUAUGUUACUGUCGUUUACGUCAACAUUCAAAAGACAAGAAAAAAUUAUCAAUAAAUUCAAAUGAAAAAAUCCCGAAAACUUUUUAUUAUCAUCCAUUAAAUGUAAUUAGUUACCCACAACAACAAAGUAAUACAACAAGUGAAUGUUCAUUACACUCAUCAACGGAUACAACAAGUCAUUUAACUAAUGAUUCGUAUCAUGUAUAUCAAAAAAUACCAUCUGUACAUAAUUGUCAAAUACAUUCAACAAGGACACAUGUUCUAGUUUAA